AUGGCGACUCCAGGCAGGCCUGCUGCCAGGCGGUGGAUGGGCAAGCCUCACAAAAAGGGCCCGGAAAAAGAAGAAAAUAAAAAAUACAACAGGCCGGAGAAGGGGGAAGCUAAAAACAAGCUCUGUCGAUUCAUCGAACAUGGAAAAAAAUGUCCUUAUGGUGAUAAGUGCACUUAUUCCCACGAUAUAUCAAAUUCCAGCAAAGAGCAAACCAAGGAAAACUCAGAUUCUCCAACAGGAAGAAGAGAGAGAGAGAACUAUAAUUCAUGGAAGAAAAUCAUCAAGAAUCCUCCAAUAACGAAUGAUAUCGCUACUAUCAAACGCCUAUGGACUGGUGCCCUCGACAUCUUAGAUGGGUUUGAUCGAAACUGGAAACAAAUGCUUCCACGAGACCUGGAAUCUGAUGACUACUAUGGCCGCGAACAUAUUCAAACUCUUUUGAGUAUGAGAUCUCAUGGUAGUGGAUAUCAAACCUUCGUUGAUCUCUCGCAACCUUUCCUUUCAGUUAUCACACAUCCUGCUAUUCUAGACUGUUUAUCUGUUGAUACAGCUGUUGGAGGGCUGUAUAACUUCAUCAGCGGGGCCAAUGGCCAAAGAGCAGUGGAAUUCUUUCUUCGCCUUUGCAAUAAUCUCGAGAUGGCUUACGGCGACUCUACAGUAUCGAAAACCACCACUGAAACUACACUUAUUGCUAUGGGAAUUGCAUUGCGUGAGCUCCUGAAGAGAGAGCAACGAGCUAUCUACCACGAUGACAUACCAAAAUUGGUUGAUUCUUUGGAAAAAGUUGCAGCAGUCCUUGAGUUUGACGCAAAGUCUUCUGGGGUUCAGGUUGGCAUUACUGAGCUUCGAGCUCGAAUUGGACGGGCUACUGGUCUUCUAAAAGACAAGGAGACCGAGGUCCUCACGGUUGAUGGAGUUUCUACCACCGUUAAAUCAUCAUAUCCACGACCUAUCAUCAUACCAGGCACACGCCAUGAUAAUGACAAUGCCGAUAUAACAAAGAUCAAGAUCUUUCCAACAGAAGAAGAGAUCCGCAGUGACCAGCCAGACUAUUUACCAACGACUGAUCGCGAUCAGCCUCACUUCAUCACAAAUGCCGCAGAGCGUCACAUAGAUACAUUAUUCCGCCUUCUUCGGCAUGACACUUUUGGAGAAUUAAAAGGAGCUCUUGGGAUAUUGAUACAUGCUAUCGGUGAUGAUACGUCAUUGCUUAAGAACUGGAAGCUCCCACUUGGGGAUAUGCGAGCAUACGCAUACCCCAAUGCCCAUAUCCGCUAUGUCACCUUUAAACAAAAAGAAGGCAUCGAAGCCCAAGUCUCAUUCAGCCAGCUUCCUGUUCUUCGAGGGAAGUCUGCAUCUAAUAGAUAUCCCAAUGCAGCUUUCAACUUAGGAUCACACGAAUACAUUUCAACAAUCAACACCAAGCUGGCCACUCGCAACCAGGCAAAUUUUGGGUUAUUAACUGAAUUAAGCUGCCGGGGUAUAAACGGAAUUCUGAUUGAAUUUCCAGGAAUAAUACCUGCUACAUUCAUGCCUAUUUUGAAAACCCUCCAGGACUUGCAACGUUCUAGUUAUCUACCGUUCCAACAGUGGAUUUUACCCGAAAUUGCUACAACCUCAGGAGGACCAGCACUUAUUCCCCCGCCACUUUAUGCUCGUGGUCGAGGCUAUUCUUUUCCACUGGAUUCUAUUCUCACUAGGGAGAGUGACCGAUUUUCCUUCAGCCCUGAUUCUUCGCCUGGUGAUAGUGCCGUUAUUCGUGAGCUUGAAACUCGGACCACGCUUGACCACGGCCAGUGUCAAGCACUCGCGGCGGCUUUGACGCGCGAGUAUGCUUUUAUACAAGGUCCACCGGGUACGGGUAAAUCGUUUAUUGGUAUCCGUCUUAUGAGGGUUCUUUUGGCCUGUAAGAAGAAAUCCAAAUUAGGACCUGUAGUAGUCGUAUGCUACACGAAUCAUGCCUUGGAUCAGUUUCUCGAGGAACUUGUACAAGCCGGCGUAGAGAAGAUCAUCCGGAUUGGAGGCCAGAGCAAGUCAAAGGUUCUGGAGGGUAAAAACCUUCGUAUUGUGUCACAGAGCGAAGGGAAGACGAAGACCGAACGGUAUCUAGCUGCCAAAACGUAUGGGGCUCUUAGGAACAACGAGCCCAAUAUUACAAAACUACUCGCCUCCUUACGUCCUAUGCAGAAGAGACGCAACUGGAACCACCUCAAGAAUCAUAUCAAAGAGCGAUACCCACGUAUAUUUUCACAAUUUUCCCAGUAUGAUGAGGAUGGUUACGAGACUAUGGGUAAAGACCCAUUUGACAUCUGGGGCAAGGGUUCAACACCACAACAGUUUAGGGAAAGAUUCUCAUCAGACGAGGAUACCAUUAUCCGCGAAAGCCUGAUCCGUGCUAACACCGAGAGCAUCUUCAAUCUGGCGGUUCGUGAAAGGCAGCUCUUAAUUGAAUUUUGGAUGCAAGAGCUUCACGAAAUCAAUACCGAUCAAUUGUUUGAGCUUGUGGAUGAUUCCCAUAAGCAUUACGAACACUUAGGCGGAAUACACGACGAGGUUGACAGAAGAGUUCUCGAGACUGCGGAUGUUAUUGGCGUCACCACAACGGGGCUUGCCAAAAGAAUUUCGGUUCUUCGGCAUAUACGAAGCAAAGUGGUUAUCUGUGAAGAAGCCGGAGAGGUCAUGGAACCCCAUAUGAUAUCAGCCUUACUGCCCAGUGUCGAGCAUUUCAUCCAAAUAGGCGAUCACCAACAACUACGCCCACAGAUCAACAAUUAUGGACUAUCGCUUGAAAGCAAGCAAGGAGGACUGUACCAGCUUGACCGGAGCCAGUUUGAACGACUCUCGGUUGGGGAGCCCGGACGAACUCCAUUCCCAGUAGCACAAUUAGACACACAAAGACGUAUGCGCCCUGAAAUAUCUACUUUGAUCCGGGAGACCCUCUACCCUCGCCUUAUUGACCAUCCAUCUACAAAAACCUUUCCUGAUGUCGUCGGUAUGCGACAUAAUGUUUUCUGGCUAGAUCAUGAGAAUAUGGAAAAUUCUGCAGGUACAGAUCGGCACCAAAAGUCACAUAGUAACGAUUGGGAAGUGGACAUGACACAUUCUCUCGUUCGUCAUAUUGUUCGGCAAGGCGUCUAUAACAGCAGAGAUAUUGCAGUUUUAACGCCGUAUACAGGACAAUUGCAAAAACUAAGAACAAAACUGCGGAACGAUUUUGAAAUUGUGCUAAGUGAUCGGGACCAAGAGACACUAGCGAAGGAUGGGUUCGACGAAGACUCCCCGUUAGAAGAAGAUCUGAGAGAUGUUACGAAAAGACAGAUAAGACCACUUACGAAGAAGAAACUUAGCGAGUUCCUUCGUAUAGCAACCGUUGACAACUUUCAAGGAGAGGAAAGUAAAAUCAUAAUCAUCUCACUAGUACGAAGCAAUAAGGAGAAAAAAGUAGGAUUUCUCAGAACGACAAAUCGCAUCAACGUCCUUCUCAGCCGUGCUCAACAUGGCAUGUAUUUGAUCGGGAAUGCCGACACUUACUCGAACAUACCAAUGUGGGCUCAUGUCCUUGGAUUACUUGAAGCCAGCCAUUCGGUUGGAAAGGAGAUUGGACUCUGCUGCUCUCGACAUAUGGAUACAGUUAUGCGAGUCUCCGAGCCUCUAGACUUUGAGAAAUUCAGUCCGGAAGGUGGAUGCCAAUUGCCUUGCGAUAGGCGUUUGACCACCUGUGGCCAUAAAUGUUUAGCCCGAUGUCACUCGGACAGCAUGCACGAAGUCAUCGUUUGCAGUGUCCGUGUCCAGAAGCAAGUCCCAGGAUGCAAUCAUAUUGUUGAAGUUCCCUGCUCUCGGGAUGUGUCAUCCUCAACUUUCCAGUGUCCGACAAAGUGUGAGGAAUCCUUGUCUUGUGGCCACCGCUGCCCCGGGACUUGUAGCAAAUGCUACAAGAAAGAGAAACACCAGGAGUGUACCAACAUCUGUGGAAGACGCUUCGGAGCCUGCAACCAUACGUGUCCCAGGACAUGUCAUAACGGUACUGAUUGUGGGCCGUGCUUGUCACCAUGUGAAGUUAAAUGCUCUCAUUCUCAAUGCCCACUACGCUGCCAUGAACCCUGUGCGCCCUGUAUAGAGAGCUGCACCUGGUCCUGUGAGCAUAAAGGAGGCUGUGGAAUGCCCUGUGCUGCACCAUGCAACCGCCUUCCAUGCAACAAACGUUGCUCUAAAACUCUUUCGUGCGGACACCAAUGUCCAGGAAUUUGUGGUGAAGAAUGUGCAGAAGGCUAUUGCCAGAAAUGCUCCGCUAGACUUGACGCCAGAGUGGACUUCCUUGAGAUGAAAUCCUACGGGGAAAUCGACGUUGACGAGAGCCCGAUAGUUGUGCUUGGGUGUGGUCACUUUUUCACCGCAGAAUCUCUGGAUGGCCUUAUGAGCAUGGGCGAGGUUUAUGAACUUGAUGCAGAAGGGGAGUUUACUGGGCUCAAAGAUAUAUCCACGGCUUUGGCACAAUCUGUUCCUUUCUGCCCAGACUGCAAAUGCUCGGUAAGACAAUUUGCAACACAGAGAUAUAAUAGGGUCGUCAAUCGAGCCGUCAUUGAUGAGAUGUCCAAACGGUUUCUCUCGAGUGGGAGAGACGGGCUCCGAGAGUUAGAGCGGCGGAUUGACAAAUUGCAAAAACGGCAACAUAAAACUAGGGAGAAGGCUAUGGAGCAAGCUACUGAAUCUGACCGUCCUUUAACGCCAGCCCAAGCUUUAUCUAUCAACCAAUCAUUCCGUGAGGGAAAUGAAGAAGCCAAAAAGCUCGUGAAAGCCGUUGUAGCAUUUCAGAAUGCUUUUGCCGACAAAUGCCAGCCAGCGCAGAAACUCCACGAGGCGACGAUUCAUGCCGCAAGAAGAGUUACUGCUUCCGGGUUGUCGGUCGACAUCCAAUUAGCAAACCUGAAUUUGUCUGAUGAGGUAGCCCUGCCCCUUUCGCGUGACAGCCAGAUUACUAUGGGCGGCCUGAUGGCGCAGAUCAAGACGGAGUACCUCAUCAUUGACAAUAAAUUCAUCAUUUCCAAGGGAUUGGGGUCGAUUCCUAUCGAACGCCCCGGCAAGUCUCCUGGUACACUUGCACCGCCAUUUCUCGAAGUAUGCAAGAAGUUCGCCGCGGAAUGCGAAAUCCAAAACCUCCCAAAGCUGGCCGUUGAAGCGUCUCUUUUCUAUGCAAGCAUCGCACGCUCAUUCGAGUACCUCUGCCGAUCUAGCAAAACAAACCUGGACGCAGCUGAAGCGUAUAUCGGCACGGCAAAGCAGAUGCUGGAGAAGGCUCAUGAGAUCUGCCAACUCCGCUUCCACAACGCUGAGGGCUUGCGUGCCAUUGUCGAAGAAUCGAUAGCCUCCAUGAAGAAAGAAUGGUAUGAAGAAGUCACUUCUGCCGAGAAAGAAGCGAUCAAGGCUGCGAUGCUCAGCGGUCCCCGUGGUAUUGCGACUCACUCCGGUCAUUGGUAUAACUGUGCGAACGGGCACCCUUUUGUCAUCGGAGAGUGUGGCAUGCCUAUGGAGCUGGCCCGCUGCCCUGAAUGCGGCGCAUCUAUCGGUGGACAACAUCACACCGCAGUCAGUGGAGUGACUCGCGCAACAGAGAUGGAGAAUUAA